CAAAAAUAUCACUGCGAUGCAUGCAACAAAGACAUCACAUAUCUCGUUAGAAUCAAGUGUGCCAUCUGCCCCGACUUUGAUCUAUGUGUAGAGUGCUUUUCUUGUGGGACCGAACUGAAAGAUCACAAGUCCGACCACGACUACAGAGUUCUGGAAAUGUUGGAUUUUCCUAUAUUCGAAAGCUCAUGGGGUGCAGACGAGGAGCUUUUACUAGUCGAAGGUCUUGAACUUCAUGGCGUUGGAAAUUGGGAGCAGAUUAGCGAUCAUAUUGGCACAAAAAACAAAAUUGAAUGUGCUGAUCAUUACGAUCGUGUCUAUGUACAGAGCGAUGUGUUCCCAAGCCCUGUAUGUCACUAUUCUUAUGGAUUUGAAAUUUUAAAAACAUCGACCAAAGCACAACUUCCACCUCCGUCAAGGCCACUAUCAAGUGCACCGGCAAAUCAUGAAAUUGCGGGAUUUAUGCCUGGUCGUCGAGAGUUUGAGCAUGAGUUUGACAAUGAUGCUGAGCAGCAGGUCAAAGACUUGGAAUUUACAGAGGAUGAUACUCCAGAGGAAAUUGCACUAAAAUGUGCCAUGCUUAAUAUAUACAAUACCGCCUUGUCACGUCGUGCGGAAAGGAAAAAGUUUGUUUUUGAUAGGAAUCUGAUUGAUUUUAAAAAGGCAAGUCGUUAUAAAAAACGACGCCCAAAAGAAGAAAAAGAGCUUUAUCACAAGAUGCGUGUUUUUGCCAAACUCAUGACAGAGUCUGAUUUUCAAGUAUUUAUGGAUGGAUUACUAGCUGAACUAAGGCUGCGUAUGAGAAUUGCACAUUUGCAAGAGUAUCGGCGAAUGGGAAUUACUACUCAUCGAGAUGCAGCAGAAUUUGAAAAAGAACGGGCGAUACGACCUUUCUUUCGCAAUCUUAAUUCUGCAGCAGGAAACUCGGGAUCUUCAUCGACCAUACCCACCACUCCAUCCUAUUCCACCCGAACGCCAUCCACAUCUUUAACCCCAGCACCAUUAGGAGGACGUAAACCUGCAAACCCACUAGACGUUACCAACACUGAUGGUGUUGAACUACUCACAGAAAAAGAAUGCCAGCUUUGCUCCUCCCUCCGACUUUUCCCCCGUGCAUAUCUCGCUAUUAAAGACAUUAUCAUCAAAGAAAAUCUUGCGCAUGGGUUUAUCAAGCGUCGACAUGUACGAUCCUUAGUCAAGAUUGAUGUCAACAAGACAUCAAAGAUCUUUGACUUUUUUUUGGAAAUGGGUUGGAUAACCAAUGUGUCGUGA